CUAUGAUGGUUACACAGUGUAGUUUGCACAAUAUUGUAUGUGUCUCUUCCACAUCUUUGUCUUACCCUCAGUAACACACCCCAUUAUUUUGACAGAAAACCAAGCUCAAAUAAGUGGAAUUAAUGUUCAAACAGGACUUUGCAUAAUUAAAACUGAGAAGAGUGGCUUGCCGUUCUUGUAGCUCUCACUGACCUACUGUUAGCUCAAAAGCAAACACUUGUUGGGCUCAUAAAAGCUGUUAGUGGUGCAGCGUUGUUCUGAAUAACAGUUUGUGGUUCAUGGCGCUUAGUGAGGUUUAAAAUAACGUGCUAUGUGAUUUAGAGGCAUCAAAAGUUUUCAAGAGCCUUUAACAGUGUAACUGCUGGCCACCUGCUAUGUGGUGUAUUCAUGUAUUAAUUAUAAACUUCUAUAUCAGUCGCUUUGUCACAUGGUUGUAGUGACUCAUGUGUUUCAGUUGACUGGUUGUGUAAAGCAUUUUUUGUGCACUUGUGAACAAAAUCUUACCAAGAGAUGGUGACUGAGCAUCGUAUUGUGAUUGUUUAACCAUUUUCACUUAAGAGGAGAUUGUAGAUUGUUGUUGCAUCCUAAUUUUAUUAUUGUUGGAAGUAACCAUGGGCAGUUAUCUUCAAGCUGUCGUUCUGGACCUCUCAUCCUGGGCCUCAUGCUUGGAUGUGUCAGCUCUCCUUUCCUGUGUGAACAUGAGACAGAAAUGUGUGGCAGCCAGCCCUCCAUAUGAUUUAGCGUCUUGCUUUGCUGUGUGGUGGGAUGCAUGUGAUCUGUAGGUUUCAGUUGCACAUCGUGGCUGCACCUGGAUCUGCAGUAUUUUAGAGCUUCUAUGGUUUUAACAAGUGCUGUGCAAACUGAUCACACUGGAUUAUAGGGUGUCGUUUUUCUGUCCAAGUGUGUGUGUGUGUGUGUGUGUGGUUGUAGGUGCAAAGUGCACGCAUAGUUGGAAGGGGAAGAUGUGGAAUGUUCUCUCUUCCAGGAUCUCUUCCUCUGGCUCCUCUCCAGCCCCUGCCUCUUUUCAGGGAGGGGUUUUUCCGAUCUCUAUGCCCAUUUUGUCUAUUUCUGUCUGCCAGGGUAUUCAGGUUGGUGUGUAUCCCUUACAUGCACGCCGCACAUUCCCCAUUUCUUUCUCGUUAUCUCAAGACUCUGCACACUGGAUCUAGUUUUAUCCUUCUCCCAAGUCUCAGUUAUCAGAGCUGUACGGGGAGUACAGAGAGCAGCUCGGAAAUUUUGCCCGACGGGAGGCUGCCCGUUUGCUGACAGAGAGACAAUGGAGAAGACAGGCAGGGGACAACGCCACAGCCACCGCCCGCAAAGGGCAUGGCCGGCGGCAUCAUCAUCAUCACCCUGUGACCUUGGAGUCUCACCACAGCCACGCCUCAUCUACCAAGAAGCCUCGACCCUACUCCAAAUGCCAAGAUUGUUUGGCUCGUGUGCGGCGGUACAUAGUCACCAAGAUGGGGGAGGACUGGAUAUUCCUAGUUCUUCUUGGUCUGACUAUGGCUCUGGUCAGCUGGAGUAUGGACUACGCUAGCGCCAAGAGCCUCCAAGCCUAUAAGUGGAUACAUGGGGAGCUUAAGGGCAAUGUGCCGCUCCAGUACCUCACCUGGGUUACCUAUCCCAUGAUCCUUGUCAUGUUCGCCUCGCUGUUCUGUCACCUGGUUUCCCCACAGGCCAUCGGUUCUGGUAUACCCGAGCUCAAAACCAUCCUGAGAGGUGUAGUGCUGAAGGAAUAUCUGACCCUCAAAGCCUUCAUAGCUAAAGUCAUCGGGCUCACUGCUGGCCUGGGCAGUGGGAUGCCUGUGGGCAAAGAAGGUCCCUUUGUCCACAUCGCCAGUAUCUGUGCCGCAGUGCUAAGUCGAUUCAUGUCCAUCUUCUCUGGAGUCUAUGAGAAUGGCACCCAUAACCAGGACCUGUUGGUGUGUGCGUGUGCUGUGGGAGUGGCCACCUGUUUCGCUGCUCCCGUGGGAGGGGUGUUGUUCAGCAUUGAGGUCACGUCUACCUACUUUGCUGUGAGGAAUUACUGGCGGGGGUAUUUUGCCGCCACGUUCAGUGCCUUCAUAUUCAGGGUGCUCUCUGUUUGGAACAAGGAUGCUGUCACAAUCACAGCUCUCUUCAAAACGAAUUUCCGGAUGGAUUUCCCCUUUGACCUGCAAGAGCUGCCAGCAUUUGCAAUAAUAGGCAUCUCAUGUGGCUUCCUGGGGGCGUUCUUUGUCUACCUGAACAGACAGGUGGUUCUUUUCAUGAGAAGACCGACAGCACUCACACGCUUCCUAACCAAACAUCGAUUGAUCUAUCCAGGUGCAGUGACACUGAUCAUCGCCACCUUCACGUUUCCUCCUGGAUUUGGACAGUUCAUGGCUGGAGAGCUGAUGCCCAGGGAGUGUAUUAACUCCCUGUUUGAUAAUUUCACCUGGACCAAAAUCUCAGGAUCUCCAGCUCCGCCUGGCCUGGGCCGCUCCUCCGCAUGGCUCCAUCCACAUGUCAGCGUCUUCCUCAUUCUCCUCCUCUUCUUUGUCAUGAAGUUCUGGAUGUCAGCAGUUUCCACCACAAUGCCCAUCCCCUCGGGUGCCUUUAUGCCAGUGUUCAUAUUAGGAGCUGCUUUUGGACGCCUUGUAGGAGAGAUCAUGGCCACUCUUUUCCCAAAUGGAAUCCUGUUUGAUGGGAUAGUCUACCGCAUCCUGCCGGGAGGCUACGCUGUCAUUGGUGCAGCAGCAAUGACAGGAGCUGUCACACAUACAGUUUCCACUGCAGUAAUCUGCUUCGAGCUGACUGGUCAAAUCUCCCACAUCCUACCCAUGAUGGUGGCAGUCAUCCUAGCAAACAUGGUGGCCCAGGGUCUACAGCCUUCUCUUUAUGACUCCAUCAUUCAGGUGAAGAAGCUGCCCUACCUGCCAGAACUGGCUUUGGGGCACAUCAGCAAGUACAACAUCUUUGUGGAGGACAUAAUGGUGCGCAAAGUGAAGUUCCUGUCUUCUCAUUCCACCUAUCGGGAACUGAAUCAUCUGCUAGAGAGCACAACUCUGAAAACAAUCCCCCUGGUCGACUCGAAAGAAUCCAUGAUUCUUCUGGGCUCCAUCGAGAGGACAGAGCUUCAGGCCGUCUUUGACUGGUGGCUCUCGCCAGAGAGACGAGUCUUCGAAAGAGGUCAGAGCUCACCAGGCUCCAAAGUCAGCUGGGAGUCCUUCACUUUCGUUGAUGAGGAAGGUGGAGAAGAGAGUGCAGACAAGACUGCUCCAGUACAGGAAGAAUGUAACGGCCCCAUGCCGUCCCCACAACCUCAGGAGCCUUCCACCAACCACACAGGCUCAGACAAGCGCAAGCUGCCAUCUGUCAGGAGGACCCUUCAGAGACUCUUCUCCUCCACGUCUUCUUCAGGCCAGACUGAAACUCAGGAGACCACAGCCCCUCCGUUGACUGACACCAUGUCCCCAGAGGAGAUUAAAUCCUGGGAAGAGGAACAGCUGGAUAAACCAGUCGAUAUGGAGCAGAUACGUAUCGAUCCCUCACCAUUUCAGCUGGUGGAAAGAACAUCUCUGCACAAGACCCACACUCUGUUCUCUCUGCUGGGUCUCAGUCAUGCCUAUGUCACCAGUAUUGGAAAGCUGGUGGGUGUCGUGGCACUGAAAGAGUUACAGAAAGCGAUAGAGGGCUCAACUCGCAGUGGGGUGAGGCUUCGUCCCCCUCUGGCCAGUUUCAGAGAUGCCAGCAGGAAAACCAAGAAGCACCAGCCUCCCUCGUCAACCCCUUCCUCACCCACCCGCGACAGAGACCUGUGGGGGGAAGGGAGCAGGAGGGAGGGGGAGCUGGUGAGGAAGGAGUCCAAGGAGGAUUCCCGAGGGAAGGCGUCAUCUUCCCGAGGAGCUCCCGGAUGUGACACUGAUUCCUGCUCCCCCAGCACCACAGGAAGCUCCAGUGCCACCACGGGAGAUGCUGACAGUGCCUCACAGGAGACAGCAUCCCCCUCUACUUCCUCCCCUACCUCACCUUCAUCACCUGCCUCCUCUGUGUCACCCACCAGUCCUGUCCUCACACUAGCCUCCCUGCAGGAGGAGAGGGAGAGCGAGGAGUCCGAUGAGCCCAUAUAGGCUGGGUUUAAGAGAAAAGACUUUUCCCUUCUUUUGGUUUCACUCCUUUUCCUCAGAGACAGAUCUGCCGCCUGGGUGGAGGAGUCUGGCUCCCCUGCACCCCCCACAGACAUUCAGCUCUCAACGAGCAGGAUGAGCUGUUGGACACACAGCUGCUGAAACUUGUAGAAUAGGAUAUUUUUUUUCUACUCUUACAAUAAUCUCACUUUUUAAGUCAAAAUCUCAGGUGCUUUCCUGUGUCUUCUAAACUGCAAACAUGUUCAGUCCUACAUGUCAGUAAUGUUCAGUGUCCAUCCAUACGUAUCAUCAGAGUAUAUCAAUGUCUGUUAAUUUCUUUAUAGUAACUUUGAUUAAAAAUUAACUGACAGCAAUGAAUUGUAUGAUAAUCAAAUAAUAUAUUAAUGAAGACUUUAUUAAUUUGAGCUAAAAGCCAAAGAGAUCACUCAUUUGAAAUUUACUGAUUGAGAUUAAUUUUAAAUUAUAAUUUACAUCUGCCAUAUAUUUGCUGUACGGUUAAUAUUCAAAUCAUUACUACCAGUCUGUAAUUUUUAAAAAUAAUAAAUAUUAUAAUUGUCUACUACCUUAUUUUGAUUAUUUACAACCAACCGGGCUGUGCUUGAGCACGGCACCAGUGAUUUGAGCUAAAUGCUAAAUGAUUUAGCAGCAGGUAUAAUGUUUACAAUGCUGGCAUGCUAACAUUUGCUAAUUAGCACUAGACAGCUGUGUCUGAUGGAAAUGUUUUGCAAGUACUCCUCAUUCAUUUGGAUGCAGCCAGUUCAACGAUGCGGUCACAGGCUAAAGCAAGGACGUCCAGUGGCCAAUCAGAUACAUUCCACUGCAGAUUUCUGGUAGAUUAUAACAUGAACACUGUAUUUCUACUGUUUGGCACAUGAUUAUUGUGAUGAAGUUUGACAGCAUGAAAACUUUCUAGAGUUGUAAAAUUCUCUCUUUGCGCUUUAACAAUAACAGUGCAAUCUUUCAGCAUCUGAUAAGCCUUCAAAGUCACAUCUCUACAGGCUCUCCUGGAUAGUACGUCAUCUUGCCUGUAUGGGACACCUCUCACCAACAGCGGCCACUUGCAUCCUUUGAUAGCCAGUGAUGCUGUUCCAGUAUUCAGGCUUGAAAAGCGACUCUUUCUAAGCAUAUAAACAUGUUUGUACUGUGAAGGUCAACAAUGUGCUUCAGUUUUUGAUUCCUAUGUGAGCUUGAACAAAUAAGCAACUGGUCCCUGCAGAGGAGGCCCAUCUCUGAGAAUUUGUCAUUAAUAU